AUGUCAAGUGAUAUUAAAGGAACAUUGACCAAGAUUAAAGGUGGUAGUGUUCAAAAUCGUUUGGCAGCCAUUGGUGCUUUAUUUUCUUUAGCAUCAGAUGAUGAUAUUAGAGAGGAAAUUAGAAAUAUGGGAGGAAUUGGUACUCUUGUUGGAUGUUUAGAGGAUAAUUCUGAUCCACGUAUUCCUAGACAAGCCUGUGGUGCUCUCUUAAACAUGGCAAAUGAUGAUCAAUGUAGAGAGGAAAUUCGUGAUUAUGGUGGUGUUGAAUUGAUGCUCAAGCUUAUUGAAAAUCAAUUCAAAGAUGCAACCAGUGUUGAAUAUGCUACAGGUGCCUUGCUAAAUUUGAGCUCUGACGAUGACACUAGAGAAAUGGUUAGAGAAGCUGAUGGUGCUCGUAUUUUGGCUCGUUGCUUGUCUGAUGCUCCAAGUGAAGAAUCUAGAAGAAACUCUGUUGGUGCCAUUGCUCAAUUGUGCUUUGAUCAAGAAUUUACUAAACAAUUGGUUUCUGGAGAUGCUUUGAAACACAUUGUUGAAUGUUUAAACUCAAGUGAUGAAGAAACCAGAAACAGGACCUCAGGUUGUAUCUGGAAUUUGAGUGUUACUGCUGAUGAAACUAGAGAAGCUUUGGCUCGUGAAGGUUGUUUGGAAAGUUUGGUCAAUUUAUUGCAAAAAAGUGAGGAUGUUAAUGAAGAUCCUGAAACUGUUGGUAAUUGUGUAAUGUAA